ACGUCCCUUUGGAACAGGAUGGCUGACUUCGAAAACGUCAAUUGCUUUGCAUACGAACAAAGUUCGAAGUUCGAUAAAGCAUCCGCAGUAUUUAUUAUAUUACAUCAUAUUUUGAAACGCAUUAACUCGGUAGUCGAUGCGCAGUGAUACAGAAAAUCGUGCAUCACUAAGAAACUUGAUGCUUUUUAAAGUUUGAACGCAAUGAUGGCGGACUCAGAUUGUGAAUCUAGCAAAAAAUGGAAUUAUGAACGUAAAAAGCUGCUUCUGACCACCCGACUGCGUUAUGAGGGCGAUUUCGCUGCCAAACGCAAAAAACGGUCAGUGCUGUGGGAGAGAAUAUUAAAUAAUAUUAAAGAAGUUGACGCCAAAUUCCCAUUCAGCCGUGAUGAAAUAACCAGGAAAUUUCUCAAUUUUAUGGUAACUUAUAAACGAAUUAAGAAGAGAAACAAUACAUCAGGAGAAGCUGCCACCCACUGGGAAUUUUACGAGGAAAUGGACGAUGUUUACGGCACUCGCAGCGAUGUGGCCGUUCCUCAGGAGACUUUAGAUUCAUCGCUAUACGACAUAUUGAGUGGAACCGGUGAUACUAACGAUUUUCGUGAGUUAGAUAGCACAUCGCCAAAGUCGAAACCAAAAUCAGAUCGAAAGAAGUGCGAAGUUCUAAGUUUUUUUGGAAAAAGAAGCCUCUGCAGACAAAGAAAUUUUAAAAGAGUUGAUGCAGGUAGAAAAAGAAAAGCUGGAAGUGGAAAAACAAAAAGUGGAAGAAAUGCGAAGCCUCCGUUUGCUACUGACAUCUAUGUCUAAUAACCAGUAGAAUACAUAGCUGUGCAUAGCACAUUUACGACUUAUUUUAAACGUUUUUGUCGAUGUUAUACUUGUAUUUUUAAAUAUUCA